UAGCGUCAGUGCGUGGCGCUCGCGCUUGGCUGUAGUUCACACGUGGCUGUGUUGGACGCACGUUGUAGCCGCAGCCUCUUCGGGUACUUCCCUUCUCGCUACCGGGAUGAAGCGACCGAAGUUAAAGAAAGCAAGUAAACGCAUGACCUGUCAUAAGCGGUAUAAGAUCCAAAAAAAGGUUCGAGAGCACCAUCGAAAAUUGAGGAAGGAGGCCAAAAAACGGGGUCACAAAAAGCCUAGAAAAGACCCAGGAGUUCCAAACAGUGCUCCCUUUAAGGAGGCUCUUCUCCGGGAAGCAGAGCUAAGGAAACAGCGACUUGAAGAACUAAAACAGCAGCAGAAACUUGAUAGGCAUAAAGAACAGGAAAAGAAAAGGAAACUUGAAACUAACCCUGGUGUUAAGGCAUCUAACUUGGAACCUGUGAAGGAGGAAUCUGGGCAAUGCAAGGCUAAGAACAAAACCAAGUCAGGCAAACAGAAUCCGAAGAAGUUGUAUUGUCAGGAACUUAAAAAGGUGAUUGAAGCCUCAGAUAUUGUGCUGGAGGUGUUGGAUGCCAGAGAUCCUCUCGGUUGCAGGUGUCCCCAGGUAGAAGAGGCCAUUAUCCAGAGUGGACAGAAAAAGCUGGUACUUGUAUUAAAUAAAUCAGAUUUGGUACCAAAGGAGAAUUUGGAGAACUGGCUAAAUUAUUUGAAGAAGGAAUUACCAACAGUGGUGUUCAGAGCCUCAACAAAUCUGAGGGACAAGGGCAAGAAGAUAAUCAAGCAUUUGAAGUUAAGGAAGCGAGCUCCAUUCAGAAAUGAAGGCUGUGUUGGGAAGGAAGGCCUUUGGAAGCUGCUUAAAAGUUUUCAGGAGACUUACGGCAAAGCCAUUCAGGUUGGAGUCAUUGGUUUCCCAAAUGUGGGGAAAAGCAGCAUCAUCAAUAGCUUGAAACAAGAACGGAUAUGUAAUGUUGGUGUAUCGAUGGGGCUUACAAGGUGCAUGCAGGUUGUCACCCUGGACAAACAGAUCACAAUCAUAGACAGUCCAAGCUGCAUCGUGUCUCCGCUUAACUCUGCCAGCACACUUGCUCUGAGGAGUCCAGCGAGUAUUGAAGUGGUGAAACCAGUAGAGGCUGCUAGCGCCAUCUUGUCCCAGGCAGAUGCUCGACAGGUAGUACUGAAAUUUACCGUCCCAGACUUUAAGAAUCCUCUGGAAUUUUUUACAUUGCUUGCUCAGAGAAGAGGACUGCACCAAAGAGGUGGAAGCCCAAAUGUAGAAGGUGCGGCCAAACUGAUGUGGUCUGAGUGGACAGGUGCCUCUUUAGGUUACUAUUGCCAUCCCCCUACAUCCUGGACUCCUCCUCCGCAUUUUAACGAGGGCAUCAUGACAGAGAUGAAACAGGGCCUUAAUCUAGAAGAAUUAGAAAAGAACAACGCACACAGCAUACACAGCAUCAGGGGCCCUCGUUUAGCCAGUAGCAUCCUUUUCCAGUCUUCGGGUCUAACAAAUGGAAUAAUAGAAGAAAUGGACAUACCUGAAGAACUGCCAAAACAGAAAAAGAAACAGCAAGGGGAGGGGGAGGACCACCUCGACCUCAACAGUGACCAGGAGAGUGUUGACGAAGAAGCUGAUGAAGAGAGCUUAGCCAUGGUCCCAGAAGAGGAGUCCUGGGCACUGCCUGAGGAGUCUCAAGCAGAUGAGUCAGCACUAUCUUACAUCUCAGAUAAAAUGACCGAAGAGGAAGAUGAUGCUUAUGACUUCAGCACAGACUAUGUAUAACAGAACCUUGUCUUUUUAGAAGGUGUUUUUUUUUUUUUAAACAUUUUGAGCGGACUACUAAGCUCUUGUAUUGUGUGUGAUGUAUAGCUUGUUGCUGUAUGCCACAAGCUGUGUAAAUUUUGUAAAUAUAUACUAUGGUACACUCA